AUGGGACGACAGAAGCAAACGCCGCUCCAAAGAGCCCCCUCCUCUCAAUUAAUGCACCUCUCAGAUGAGUCCGACGUACUUCAGAAGCCUGAAAGUACAGAGAUCCAUUCCACAGCCAAUGGACCAGUAUCAGGAAAACCAUCAGCGGCCCUGGAGACAGUCGCCGAUACCCCCGGCCUGACGCAACUCAUGAUCUGCGUCCUCGGAAUCUAUGCGGCAUUCCUCUCAUGGGGUGUCUUACAAGAGGCCAUUACGACGACCAGCUAUCCCAUUCGUCCAGCAACCGUCGCGGAACCAAACCCUCCAACAGAGCGAUUCACAUACUCCCUGGUGCUCAACACGAUCCAAUCUUCCUUCGCCGCCAUCACCGGCUUCAUAUACCUCCUAUUCUCAACUCCCAAGGGUCAGAAGAUACCGUCCAUCUUCCCUACGCGCCGAAUCAUCUUUCCCCUGCUUCUCGUCGCAGUAUCCUCGUCCCUCGCAUCGCCCUUCGGCUACGCCAGUCUCCAACACAUCGAUUACCUGACCUUCAUCCUUGCCAAGUCAUGCAAACUUCUCCCCGUCAUGGUGCUGCACCUGACCAUCUUCCGCAAGAGAUACCCGCUGUAUAAGUACGGUGUAGUCCUGAUGGUUACUCUCGGUGUUGCCACAUUCAGUCUACACCACCCGGGGACCAGUAAGAAAGUCGCCGCCAAACAGACUGCAUCUUCCGGAUGGGGUAUCUUCUUGCUAUCCAUCAAUCUCCUCCUAGAUGGUCUGACCAACACCACCCAAGACCACGUUUUCUCCUCGCCUAAGCUGUACACCCGCUUCACCGGGCCCCAGAUGAUGGUUGCCCAGAAUGUGCUGUCCACUAUUCUCACUUCUGCGUACCUCCUGGUUAUGCCUCAUCUGUCGCAGAGCGGUGUUUUGCAUAACCUCCUACCCUUCCCUAUUCCCCCUUCUACCGAGACUGAGCUGUUUGGCGCCGUCUCUUUCCUCUCCCGCCACCCAGAAGCGCUAAAGCAUGUCCUUGGAUUUGCAGCGUGCGGUGCUGUUGGUCAGCUCUUCAUUUUCUACACUCUGUCGCGCUUCUCUUCACUGCUGCUGGUAACUGUUACGGUCACUCGUAAGAUGUUGACCAUGCUUCUCAGCGUGUUCUGGUUCGGACAUUCUCUGUCCGGCGGCCAAUGGCUGGGAAUCGGCCUGGUAUUUGGCGGCAUCGGCGCCGAAGCCGUGGUCCAGAGGUCAGAGAAGAAGGCGAAAGAGCAGUCAAAGAUUGAGGCCGCUAAGAAGGAGCUGUAA